GGAUAUACUUGUAUAUUUUUCCCUUUACAGUUAAGAGUCUGCGCGCUAGGUUAUUUUUACGGCAACCCUUGAACGCACCACAGCAGUGCAGUCUGUAGAGGCUACUAACACAGUUGAACGCUAGCUUCAACUUUUUAGCUACCAUUUGUGGUUUUGCGGUUUCAUUGCUUUCCUUGGUGUUGAUUAAACUUAAUAACAGUUUACAUCACAAUGGCGGCCGACUUCGAGUCUACAAGAGGACACUGUGCUCACUUUGACGAAUCUCAAAAAAGUACGCGGGGAAGUUCCCCAGGAAAUCCCCGCUUGUCUAUAUUAUUGUCGACGAGCCGUGAGGCGGACCUGCUGACACACGGUGCUGAUCCCCGGCUACACUCGUCAAGGCAACGCGGCUCGGGAGCUGUCAAAUGCCGGAUUACUAAAAGACAAACCGUUGAAAGGUAGAAGAAGGAGACCCGCCAUGGAUCACGACAGCGUGGACAAGAAGCGGAGCUUCAGCACCCUCAACACAUUGUACCAUGAGAGCCGGCAGGAGAUGGAGCUCCUGGCCAAGCAGCUCGCCCUCAAGGACAACAUCAUCGCCGAGCUCAAGGCGAGGCUGGCCGGCCACGAGAGGACGCGCGUGGCUGUGGGCGACAACCAGUCUGUGGUCGUCGGGCCGUCCAAGUCCUUGCUGGAGAGUUUGUGUCAGGAGAUCUGCAAACUCAAACAGAAGAGGAACGAGACAGAGUUCAAGGCUUCCAGACAAGCUGAGGAGAUCCAGAGGCUGACCACGCAGCUCCGAGAGAAGGACCUGGAGCUUGAGAGCGUCAGGACCGGCUCGGGGCACGAGAAGGACCGGGAGAUCCAGCGGCUGCGUGCGGUUCUGGGCGAGAGGGAGCGCACCGACGCCACCAGGACCGUGCUGUGCUCCUCGCUGGCAGAGGAGGCCGAGCAGCUGCGGGGCCAGCUGGGGACCACCGUGAAGGUGUGCCGGCAGCUGCUGGCCAGGAUGGAGAAGAACAAGACUGGGGAGGGAGACGUCGAGGAAGGGGCUAAGAAGCUGCCAGAGUCACCUGACAGGUGCGUCAACGCCCAAAUGCGUCACCUUCAGGAGGAGAACCAGCAGCUAAAGCAGCGUGUGGCCUAUGUCCAGGGUCUCAACUCCCAGUGGCAGAAGUACGACUCCAGCAGGGAGGACUUCAUCCGAGGAUUGUGUCAGCGCCUGAGGGCCGGCGCCGGCCAGGCGGCGCUUCCCGGUCUGGGCUCGGCCAGCGGCGGCUUGCUUCAUCACGAGAUCUCCAGACUCAACGGCUCGCUGGAGGACAAGCUGAGCGAGUGCGCCCGACUCCGGAGAGAAAUGGAGGAAAUGCGCAGAAAAGACCGGGAGCGCAUCCAGACCCUGGAGCAGCAGGUGGUCAUCUACACGGAGGACUUCAAGUCGGAGCGAGCGGACCGUGAGCGAGCGCAGGCUCAGAUCCAGGACCUGAAGGAGCAGAUCUGCCAGCUGAAGCUGCAGCUACACAAGCAGGGGGCGAGCAGGGAGAUGCCUUUGUGUCACGUUCACAUCGGACACCGGGUGUCCUCACGGCGGUACAGGGACGCCACAGAGCACCCGGCGAGGACAAACGUGUCCUCGCAGCACCAACUGGCCGCCUCCCCUUCCGCCGGCACAAUGGCAGCGACGCAAAACCCCGCCUUUCACACUGACCUUUCAGACCUGCAGUGCCCGCGCUGCCUCGCCACCUUCCACGAGGACGCCGCCACCGAGUACCUCAACCACUGCGAGGAGUGCGCCACGCUAUGAGACCAGGAAUGACCUCAUCCAGAUUGUUUUCGGAGGACUCUGAGUCGGCGGCUGUGCGUGACGGAUCAUCAUAUACCUCAGCGUCAUCAUACCGCCAAAAUAAAACACCAUGGGUCAGGUGUCUGCAGACGUCUACUGGGAAACAGGAAGACGCACAAUGACACAAAAAUACACACUCAUUUGCUGUAGAGGGGGGUUGCAGGGUCCAAGGAAGAGUACCUUUUGGAUGGAUGUCAUGUGACGCAUCAUCCUCCGUGAACCAGGAAGCAGUCUGCUGACUAACAACUAACAAGCACACACACAAAUACGCACAGUUUGGCCUUGGUGGAGGUCGUUGUUGUUGCAGAUGCUCAUUAGAACGCAUCCGAUGGUGGCCCAAGACUUUUGCACAGUGCCGUAGAUGCAUAAGCUUCUCAUAUUCAGCCACAAAAUCUACAAAUCGUUUCAGAUACAAAUAAUUUAUGAAAAUGCCAUUAUUUAUUCAACUCUGUCAAAUUAUUUAAAAUAAAAAUGUAACCCCCUCCCACAGAAGCCAUUCUUCUUUUUACUGCUUAUUCAUUUGGGAUUUGAUAGAUGUCGAUAUCCAUCUAUAUAGAGAUAUUGAUGUGUAUGCACACGCAUAUAUAUAUUAUAUAAGUGUAUAAAAAACCAACUCUUGGAUCAUUUGGUGUGUUUUUACCCACUUAAAAUUGGUCAACUAUUUUUGUAAUAAAAU